AUGGAGCCGCAAUCAAACCCUCAACCCCAGUCCAACCCCGGCAUCUUCAUCCUGCUGGCAGCCUCCUACGCUUGUCUCCUCCCCGUGGUCUGGCCGCAACGGCUGCCCAUCGACCCCCAAGCCGCACCGGAGUACGCCCACUCCAUCCGGCUGGACGGCGACAUCGUCCUGGGCGGCUUGUUUCCUGUGCACUCGCGGGGUGAUCGUGGCACACCCUGCGGGGAUCUCAAAAAGGAGAAGGGCAUCCACCGUCUGGAGGCCAUGAUGUUCGCCAUCGACCUGAUCAACAAGGACCCCGAGCUGCUACCCAACAUCACGCUGGGGGCGCGGAUCUUGGAUACAUGCUCCAGGGACACGUACGCUCUGGAGCAGUCGCUGACCUUCGUGCAAGCUCUUAUCGAGAGGGACGGCUCAGACGUGCGCUGCGCCAACGGAGACCCGCCCAUCUUCACCAAGCCAGAUAAAAUCGUGGGCGUGAUCGGAGCAGCGGCCAGCUCUGUGUCUAUCAUGGUAGCCAACAUCCUGCGACUGUUUAAGAUUCCUCAGAUCAGCUACGCCUCCACGGCCCCGGAGCUGAGCGAUAACACCCGCUACGACUUCUUCUCCCGCGUGGUGCCGCCGGACUCUUACCAGGCUCAGGCCAUGAUGGACAUCGUCACGGCCAUGGAGUGGAACUACGUGUCCACGCUGGCCUCUGAGGGCAACUACGGCGAGAGCGGCGUGGAAGCGUUUGUCCAGAUCUCACGAGAAACUGGUGGUGUUUGCAUUGCACAGUCCUUGAAAAUCCCAAGGGAACCAAAGCCGGGGGAGUUUGACAAGAUCAUUAGACGUCUGCUGGAGACCUCCAACGCCAGAGCCAUCAUUAUGUUCGCUAAUGAGGACGACAUACGGCGCGUUUUGGAUGCCGCAAAGAGGAACAACCAGACAGGUCACUUCCUGUGGGUGGGCUCUGACAGCUGGGGGUCUAAGAUCUCACCAGUGAUUGGCCAGGAGAGAGUGGCGGAGGGAGCCAUCACUAUUCUUCCCAAGCGAGCAUCUGUUGACGCCUUUGACCGCUAUUUCCGGAGCCGCUCGCUGUCCAACAACAGAAGGAACGUCUGGUUUGCAGAGUUCUGGGAGGAAAACUUCAACUGUAAGCUGGGCAUGCAUGGGAAACGACCAGGCAUUCUCAAGAAAUGCACAGGUUUGGAGAAGGUGGGCCGGGAUUCCAGCUACGAGCAAGAGGGCAAAGUGCAGUUUGUGAUGGACGCCGUGUACGCUAUGGCGCACGCUUUGCACCACAUGCACCGAAAGCUGUGCCACGGUUAUCCGGGAUUGUGCCCGCGUAUGGCCGGCAGUAUCGACGGCAAGGAGCUGCUGGGACACAUCCGUGCCGUCAACUUUAACGGGAGUGCCGGCACACCGGUGGUUUUCAACGAGAACGGAGACGCACCGGGACGAUAUGAUAUUUUCCAGUACCAGAUUACUAACAGAUCCACUGCCGAGUACAGAGUCAUCGGUUCCUGGACUAAUAAACUGCACCUAAAGGUUGAAGCCAUGCGCUGGAAGACGGGUGACCCGUCACUGCCCGCCUCCGUGUGCAGCUUGCCAUGCCGAGCCGGGGAGAGGAAGAAGGUGGUGAAAGGGGUGCCCUGCUGCUGGCACUGCGAGCGUUGCGAGGGUUACCACUACCAGGCUUCUGAAUUCAUGUGCGAGCUGUGUCCGUACGAAAUGCGGCCUGACGCCAACCGCACCGGUUGCGUGCCCAUCCCCAUCAUCAAGCUGGAGUGGCACUCGCCAUGGGCCGUGGUGCCCGUUUUCCUCUCCAUGCUGGGCAUCAUCGCCACAUCCUUCGUCAUCGUCACCUUCGUGCGCUACAACGACACCCCCAUCGUGCGGGCGUCUGGCCGCGAGAUGAGCUACGUGCUCCUCACCGGGAUCUUCUUGUGCUACGCCAUCACAUUCCUGAUGAUCGCCGCGCCGGACGUCGGCGUGUGCUCCUUCCGAAGGAUCUUCCUGGGCUUGGGCAUGUGCUUCAGCUACGCGGCACUGCUCACAAAGACCAACAGGAUACACCGCAUCUUCGAACAGGGGAAGAAGUCCGUCACGGCGCCCAGGUUUAUCUCUCCGGCAUCCCAGCUAGUCAUCACCUUCUCCCUCAUCUCAGUCCAGCUUCUCGGCGUGUUCGUUUGGUUCGCCGUCGACCCGCCGCACACGGUGGUGGACUACGGCGAGCAGCGAACCCAAGACCCCAGAGCGGCACGCGGGGUCCUCAAGUGCGACAUCUCGGACCUGUCGCUCAUCUGCUCCUUGGGGUACUCCAUCCUGCUGAUGGUGACCUGCACGGUGUACGCCAUCAAGACACGCGGCGUGCCCGAGACCUUCAAUGAAGCCAAACCCAUCGGCUUUACCAUGUACACCACCUGUAUUAUCUGGCUGGCCUUCAUCCCAAUCUUUUUCGGAACUUCGCAGUCUGCAGAGAGGAUGUACAUCCAAACCACCACCUUGACCAUCUCGCUCAGCCUUUCGGCCUCCGUCUCCCUUGGGAUGCUCUACAUGCCUAAAGUCUACAUCAUCCUCUUCCACCCAGAGCAGAACGUGCCCAAGCGGAAACGCAGCUUCAAGGCCAUCGUGACCGCCGCCACCAUGUCUGGGAAACUGUCGCAGAAGGGAAGCGACCGACCCAACGGCGAAGUGAAGACGGAGUUGUGUGAAAGCAUGGAGACCAAUAGUGAGUAAGAGACUUUUAUUUCUUUCUACACAUACAGUUAA